AUGUCAGUUGCUAUUAUAACAGGUGCCAGUUCCGGUAUUGGAAGAGCUACUGCCCUCCUCUUUGCACGAAACUCAUACAAACUUCUUCUGACGGGACGAAAUGAAAAUGCAUUGAAUGAAGUUGCGAAGGAAUGCAUUUCCAUGGGAUCAACUUCUAACGAUAUAGCUACCUAUGCUGCUGAUCUCUCUUUGCCGGAAUCUCCCAACUCUAUAGUCGAAGCAACGUUGGGGAAAUUCAAUAGAGUGGAUACUUUAGUGAAUUCAGCUGGGAUUUUGAAAGGGGGUGCAGUUAUUGAUAGUGACAUCAAAAUCUACGAUGACUUGUUCGAUGUUAACGUACGCAGUCUUGUUCGUUUGACCAAAGCCUCUUUACCUCAUAUCAUGGAAACAAAGGGUACUGUUGUAAAUGUGAGCAGCAUUAAUGGUCCAUGCCCUUUUCCGAACGUCACGUAUUAUUGUAUGUCGAAAAGUGCUGUUGAUCAGUUCACUAAGUGUUUGGCUCUGGAGAUGGCUCCUCAUGGCGUUCGUGUGAACGCAGUUAACCCUGGAGUCACCAUAACCAACUUGCAUAGACGUGCUGGCCAGGAUGAACAAACUUAUGCUGCUUUUCUGGAGAAGAGCAAAACGACUCAUGCCUUGGGACGACCAGGAAACGUUUCAGAAGUAGCUGAAGCUAUUCUUUUUCUAGCGUCGAACAAAAGCACUUUCACAACUGGUCAACUACUCCGAGUAGAUGGUGGUCGCGGAAUCAUGCAUCCACGUUAG